AUGGGUAGAAAAAAUAACAAGAAAUCAAAAAAUAAUAUUAGCAAUGCCAACGAAAAGAAUUCAUUCAAAAAAUUGUCCCCGUUAAAAAGAAAUGAAGUCAACGAUGUUGUAAAAAAGAUAUUAAAAAUCACUAGUCAAGUGCCUUCUGAUGGAAAAUAUAAAUGGGAAGACCAUGUGGAAGUAACCAAACUUCUUAAUAAAGUUCAAGAAAUUGAGCCAGAUUUCAUUGCGAAGAAAAAUAGAGAAGAUCACUUUUCCAAUUUGAUAUCGUGGAUUAAAGAAAAUGGUGGUGUUGCCGAUAAUGUAACUAUAAAACAUUUCAAUGAAAUGGGGUACGGGUUGGAAGCGGCAAAAGAUCUCGAAGAAAGCGAAUUGAUAUGCGCAAUACCUAAAAAUGUCAUGAUGACUCUGGACAACGUCAAAGUUUCUCCAUUGAAGUAUUUAUACGAGAACAAUCCCAUUUUGAAAAAUAUGGGAAAUGUUGCUCUGGCAUUAUUUCUCAUUUUGGAACAUGUGAAAAAUGAAAAUAGUUUUUGGCAUCACUACAUUUCAUCUUUACCUUCGGAUUAUAACACUGUUUUAUACUUCGAUUUGAAUGAUUUUUUAGAAAUGAAAAACUCUCCGACAUUUGAAAUGGCUACAAAACAUUGCAAAAACAUUGCUCGUCAAUAUGCUUAUUUUAAUAAUUUAUUUCAAAAUUCGAACGAUGAAGCUAGUCUUAUACUAAGAAACGUAUUCACUUAUCAAUUGUACAGAUGGGCUGUGUCGACCGUCAUGACGAGGCAGAAUUUCAUACCAUCAUCAUCAACGUCAAACGAUGUCGAAAAUGGCAUAAACGGUCUCAUACCACUUUGGGACAUGUGCAAUCACACGAACGGUUAUCUUUCGACUCAGUAUAAAGUUGAUAGGAGCGAAUGUUUGGCGUGCAAACCAUUCAAAAAAGGCGAACAAGUUCUCAUAUUUUACGGCGAAAGAUCCAAUUCUGAUUUUUUAGUACACAACGGUUUCGUUUACGAUGAAAAUCCCCACGACAGUUUUCGGCUCCGUUUGGGCAUAUCCAAAUCUGAUAAAUUACACGGAUUGAGAUGCGAGUUGUUGAAAGAUCUCGGUAUACCAGACUCUGGUGAUUUUUAUUUGUAUUCAGGUUCCGAACCAGUGAGAGAAAAUCUUUUGGCUUUUUUAAGAAUCUUCAACAUGGACGUCGAAAAUUUAAAUCAUUGGAAGUCACAUUCGAGUCGUUUAUCCGAUUUGAUGUGGAAGGAUUGCGCUUUAGAUACUAAAAUCGAAUCAAAAGUUUGGAAUUUCCUUUACGAUCGGAUUAAUUUACUAUUGAAAACGUAUAAAGGCGACGAAGUCGAGGUUCGGGUUGAAGAUUCAAAUUCAACGGAGUGUCGUCGUUUGGUACGAGCACAAUUGAAAUGUGAAAAAAAAUUUCUUUCUUCUAUCCUCUUCUACGUGCAACAAAGAAUCAAAUGCUGA